AUGCCUCCCUUCCCCAAACUUCCUCCCAAAGCAGCCUACCUCAGCCUGAACAACCCAAGCCGCCGCAACGCCCUCAGCCUGGCAGUCCUGCAAGAUCUCCGCAACCAACUGCACUCCUUCAACACCUCACCCAAAGAUGGCAAACUGUGCAUCCUCCCGCGCUUCCAACCCAGCAUCCUCGACAAACUCGAAGCAGCACAUGCCAAAACCGAUCCGCAGGCCGUUGGAGAGUACUCCUGGCUCCUCGACUCUUCAGCAUGGCGCUGUCAUCGCCACGGUCUUCCCAAUGUCCUCGUCCUCCGCAGCUCAGGCCCGGUGUUCAGCGCCGGCCAUGACUUAGCUGAACUCCGUACCCUCUCCCACGAAGACGUCGAGCGCACAUUCGCACUCUGCGCUGAAGUCAUGGCACUAAUUCGACGCUCCCCAGCUCCUGUGAUCGGAGCUGUGCAAGGCCUAGCCACUGCGGCCGGAUGUCAAUUGGCGAUGACGACGGAUCUGCCGGUCGCGAAGGCGGAGACGAUGUUUAGGCUGCCGGGAGCGAGUCUGGGACUACCGUGUACGAGUCCCAGUACAGCUGUGAGCCGGAGGGUAGGCAAUGCUGCUGCGUUUCGGAUGCUGGCGACGGCGGAGCCAGUGCGAGCAGAUCAGCUACCUGCUGGUUCAGUAGACGUGGUCGCAGACGACGAAGCGUUUGAGGCGCGAAUCGCAGAUCUUGUUGACCAGUUCGCUACUCGAACGCCAGCACAACCGCAGGCCCUGGGCAAAUGGGCCUUCUGGACCCAGGCUAGCUUCCAAAGAGGGGAUGGCGGAGAUGGCUACGAGGAAGCCGUCAGUUGGGCAGGUCGAAUGAUGGCGCUGCACGCUCGCGGCGACGAUUCCAGGGAAGGUAUGCAAGCGUUCUCUGAGAAAAGGAAGCCGGAGUGGAAGACUUAG